CUGCUCCAGGACCUCCAAGGUCCAGGGGUUUGUGUCCCCCAGGGGACAGGAGGGAGGGAAACCUAGUUAAUGCCUCACACAAAGCUGAGUAAAGCAAGGGCUGUCCCAGGCAGGCUUCCAGCAGGGCGGGGCUCACAGCAAAAUGGACAGGAACCAGUCCCGCGCAGGGGCACGUGAUCCCGGAGAAGUUCUCCUGAACUGUACCCUCUGCAGGUGCUGUUUGCGAACAGGCCUAGGGGGCUUCUGACCCUUCUGGUUUCUGAGCCAUGGCCACACUGAGCGUCAAGCCCGGUCAGCGCUUCCAGCUGCCCGACUGGCACACCAACAGCUACCUGCUGUCCACCAAUGCCCAGCUGCAGCGAGAUGUUUCCCAUCAGAUCCGCCAGGAGGCCCGGGUGCUCCGCAACGAGACCAACAACCAGACCAUUUGGGAUGAACAUGACAACAGGACUCGACUGGCCGAGAGGAUUGAUACCGUCAACCGGUGGAAGGAGAUGCUGGACAAGUGUCUGACAGAUUUGGAUGCCGAGAUUGACGCCCUGACACAGAUGAAAGAGUCAGCAGAGCAAAACCUGCAGGCCAAGAACCUGCCUCUGGACGUGGCCAUUGAGUGCCUGACCCUGCGGGAAAGCCGGCGAGACAUUGAUGUGGUGAAGGACCCUGUGGAGGAUGAGCUGCAUAAAGAGGUGGAGGUCAUUGAGGCCACCAAGAAGGCCUUGCAACAGAGGAUCAGCCAGGCCUUCGAGCAGCUCUGCCUCCUGCAGGAAGUCCGACAGCAGCUCCACUCCGACCAUCGGGGCAAAAUGGAGACACUGGAGAUUGACAGAGGCUGUCUCUCUCUUAACCUCAAGUCCCCAAACAUCUCUCUGAAGGUCGACCCCACACGUGUCCCUGAUGGCUCCACCACACUCCAGCAGUGGGAUAACUUCAGUCAGUUCAACAAGGACCGAGCAGAGGCUGAGAUGAAAGCAGCUAGGGAGCUGAGGGAGGCCAUUGCCCUAACUAUCGCUGAGGUGACGGGCCACCCACCCACGGCUCAUGGAUGGCCCCAGUGUGUGACCAACAACGAGCUUGAAGCCCAGAGAGUCGCAACGGAAUUUGCGUUCAGGAAGCGGCUGCGGGAGAUGGAGAAAGUGUACAGUGAGCUCAAGUGGCAGGAGAAGAAUACCUUGGAGGAGAUCGCUGAGCUGCAGGAGGACAUCCGGCACCUAGAGGAGGAUCUGCGCAGAAAGUUCCUGAGCCUGAAGCUGUCCCAUACCCGGCUAGAGGCCAGAACCUACCGGCCCAACGUGGAACUGUGCCGGGACCAGGCACAGUACGGCCUCACCGAUGAGGUUCACCAGCUAGAGGCAACCAUUGCUGCCCUGAAGCAGAAGCUGGCGCAAGCACAGGAUGCACUGGACGCCCUGUACAAGCACCUGGCCCGGCUGCAAGCUGACAUCGCCUGCAAGGCCAACUCCAUGCUGCUGGACACCAAGUGUGUGGACACGCGGCGCAAGCUGACUGUGCCUGCUGAGAAGUUCGUGCCCGAGGUGGACACCUUCACACGUACCACAAACAGAACGCUGAGUCCACUCAAAAGCUGCCAGCUGGAGCUGGCCUAGCCUUGGAGGGCUGCGGGAGGAGGGCAGGAUAGGGUGGGCAAUGGAAGCAGGGAGGAGGGAAUGAAUGGAAUAAAUGCGGAGGAUCUCA